AUGGCUUCCCAAAACCGCGACCCAGCCGCCACUAGCGUUGCCGCCGCCCGUAAAGGAGCUGAGCCGAGCGGGGGCGCCGCCCGGGGUCCCAUGGGCAAAAGGCUACAGCAGGAGCUGAUGACCCUCAUGAUGUCUGGCGAUAAAGGGAUUUCUGCCUUCCCUGAAUCAGACAACCUUUUCAAAUGGGUAGGGACCAUCCAUGGAGCAGCUGGAACAGUAUAUGAAGACCUGAGGUAUAAGCUCUUGCUAGAGCUCCCCAGUGGCUACCCUUACAAUGCGCCCACGGAAAAGUGGUCUGCCCUGUAUGACGUCAGGACCAUUCUGCUCUCCAUCCAGAGCCUUCUAGCAGAACCCAACAUUGAUAGUCCCUUGAACACGCAUGCUGCCGAGCUCUGGAAAAACCCCACAGCUUUUAAGAAGUACCUGCAAGAAACCUACUCAAAGCAGGUCACCAGCCAGGAGCCCUGA